AUUUCAAAACGAAAACAAAGUUAACCUCAACGACGAUAAAGUUUUAAAUUAAAUUUAAUACGUUAAAAAAAUGCCGAGACGAAAACCUAUUAUUAAAAGUGUUACAUGGCUGAGUAAAGAAAUACCAAAUGACCAAAACUUGAACACCUUCUUUCAUUAUUACCAGAGGUUCCAGUUUAAAGAGAUCGUAUGUGAAGUUGGCGAUUAUGUGCUGGUUUCGAACGCUGACGCCGCAGAACCCGACACCGAGGGAGGUUGUGACGCUGCGAAGAUAUUGGGGCUGUAUGAAGACAGGUCCAAUAACAGUGACCCUUUCAGAGCUAAACUGCAAUGGUACUCAAAACCAGACGACUUACCUAAGGGCUGCGUUAAUCCGUCUGAACCUAUUAACUUUUAUAGUAAAGAGGUAGUAGAAGAUCAUCGCCCAUUUGACACAGAUGUAUCUAUUGAGACAUUCUUUAAAAAAUGCAACAUAAUAUUGACUGUAACGAAAGACACUGACGAUAUACUGAGGAAAGAGAAAUACACCUAUAUUUGCAGAUACAGGCUAAUACCAGCCGGCCGACGUAAAACAUACUUAGAACCUGUUUUAGAAGAGGAGAGAAAGGCUCUGCAACUCCUAUGUACUCCUAGUAAAAAUAUGACACCAAAGACCCCUAAAACUCCAAGCAGCUUAGUCAAAAGAAUGGGACGAAUUUCUAUAUCAGAAAGAAAUUGGAGUGUCACAAAGAAUGAUGGUACUAAAUUGCUUCUUAAAAGAGCUAUCUUAGCUGACAAGAAUGAUAAGGUCACACCCAAAAACACCCCUAAAAGUUCCGAAUCAACACCUAUUGUUGAAAUACCUGCAACACCAAAAAGUUCUUCGCUAAUAGAAACUCCAAAAAGUUCCAAGAAACUCAAUAAAAACAACAUAGAAGAGAUCCUGUCAAUGGAACUUAAAGAAAAUUCUGACGAUGAACUGCCUACACUUAUUAUUAGACAACAUUCAACAGCUACACCAAAAAGGAAAACACCUCAACGUAAAAUGUAUGAUGAAACUCCAAAGAAAGUCCUAGUUUUUGAAGAAGAGAAGGAAACUCAUGUGACACGGUCGGGGCGUGUCACAAGGAACCCUGUAACCUAUCUUGAACAAGAAUUGUCUCCUGUCAAAAGAAAUCCAAGAAGAGCAGUUAAAAUGGAUUCAGAUAGUGAGGAUGAUUUUAAACCUGCACCUAAAACACCUAAGAUGCCUAGGACUCCAAAAACUCCUAAAACGCCUAGGACUCCUAGAACCCCUAGAGCGUCAAUAGCUAGAACGCCUAAAAGUGUUACAAAGAGAAUAUUAACAAGUGAACUUACACCUACUUUGCACAGUAGGGCUCACUCCGUGGACAAUAUUGAUGAAUUGCUAUCAGAAAACAAAUCCCUGCCAGGAAGAGAAAAUCAGUUGCAUGAAAUACUAUCAUUUGUGAGGAGUAAACUGUUGCAUGGUACAAGUGGGUGCAUGUAUAUAUCAGGCGUGCCCGGCACCGGCAAGACGGCGACGGUGAACUCAGCACUGAAGGUGCUCAAGGAGGAACAGGAGCUGCCCGACUUCCAGCUGGUGGAGGUGAACGGCAUGAGGAUUGCGGAGCCACGGCAGGCGUACGUGCAGAUAUAUAAGCAACUAACAGGCAAAUCUGUGGUGUGGGAACAAGCCUGCGCCCUGUUGGAGAAACGCUUCACAAAUCCUGGGCCUCGGAGGACUCCAACCGUCUUAGUUGUAGAUGAGCUGGACGCACUAUGCAACCGUAGACAGGACGUCCUCUACAGCAUAAUGGAGUGGGCGGCACACAACACAGCAUUACUGACAGUGCUAGCAGUGGCCAAUACCAUGGACCUGCCAGAGAGAGCCCUAGCAGCCCGCGUGGCCUCCCGCCUUGGCCUCACUCGGCUGACCUUUCCACCAUACACUCACACUCAACUGCAAUGCAUUGUUGCCACCAGGCUUGCUGGAGCCAACGUCACGCCUGAUGCAGUGCAACUGAUCGCCAGAAAAGUGGCGGCCGUAUCGGGCGACGCGCGGCGAGCGCUGGCGCUGUGCGGGCGCGCGCUGGAGAUAGCCGCGCCGCAGUGCGCCGGGCUGCGGGCGGUGCAGCUGGCUCUGGACGAGGCCGCCUCCAGCGCCACCGUGCGCGCCAUACGGAGCUGCUCCGCGGCCGAGAGGCUCCUGCUGCGCGCCACGGCUGCCGAGGUUGAACGAACGGGUUCAGACGAAACAACACUUUCCCGUGUACUGGCGACGGCAGCGGCGAUCGUAGCACUGGACGGUCGUCCGUACAGAUCCGCUACCAGCAUCCGGGCGCCCACUCCAUCACAAGCGCAGGCUAUAUGUGCUAGACUCGCUGCCAUCAAAUUGCUACUGAUGGAACCGAAGCCGUCUGAACCUAGGCUACUGUUGAAUGUCAGCGCCGACGAUGUUCAUUAUGCUACUAGAGAAAUUACCGCGUAAUCAGUCGACAUUUGUGAUAUAUGACAUGUUCAAUAUUCUACUAAAUAAAUCAAUGUGUGAUAUUUUGUAAAAUUUGACAUUUUCUGAAUUAUUUUCUUAAUAUCAGUUCAGACAAUUUUAAUGUCAACUGAAAUUAAAAUUGUCACCACUAAAUACUACUACUGUGUAAUACUAUGACAUUUCAUAAUUUGUUACUACUUUGAGUUUGACUAGAUAGUAUAAUUAGGAUUAAGAUUAUAAGUAAUUAUUAUUAUUUAUUUAAAAAAUAAAACAGAAAUAAGCAAUUA